UUCAUGCUUCUGAGUCCUCAGAAAAUGGGUAGGUAAAAUAACACAUGAUACAGGAAGGUCAGUUUCUCCAUUUCCACACGGGGUUUCAAAGGAUACCAUAGAUUGUUUCUUAGGACAAAAAUGAAUGAAGUGAAUCAGUCCGUGGUGUCAGAAUUUGUGCUUUUGGGACUUUCCAACUCACAGAAUCUUCAGGUCUUGCUCUUUGUGAUAUUUUUGAUAGUUUAUCUGCUCAUUCUGUCAGGAAAUAUUGUUAUUGUGACCUUAAUAACCAUUGACCGCCAUCUCCAUUCCCCUAUGUACUUCUUGUUGGCCAACCUGUCCUUUGUUGAUAUAUGGCUUUCCUCAGUUAGCACUCCAAAAAUGGUCACAGACUUUCUCAGGGAAAACAAGACCAUUUCCUUUGAAGGAUGCAUGUCCCAAGUCUUCUUUGAUCAUUGCAUCGGUGCAGCAGAGAUGGUGCUAUUGCUGGUUAUGGCUUAUGACCGCUAUGUAGCCAUCUGCAAACCUCUCCACUAUUUCACCAUUAUGAACCUGAAAAGAUGUGCUGCAUUGGUGUUGAUUUCCUGGACAAUUGGCUUUGUGCAUGCCUUGAGUCAACUUGUACCGGUUCUACAACUACCUCUCUGUGGUCCAUUGGAAAUAGACAGUUUUUUCUGUGACAUACCAUUGGUUAUCAACCUAGCCUGCAUAGAUUCCCAUGAUUUGGAUACUUUAGUAAAUGCUGAUUGUGGGGUUGUGGUUGUAACUUGCUUUAUUCUGUUGCUUAUAUCCUAUACUUAUAUCCUUAUCACUGUUCAUCAGAGCUCUAAGACUGGGGCAUCUAAGGCCCUGUCCACAUGUACUGCCCACAUCACUGUGGUAUUGCUCCUUUUUGUGCCCUGUAUUUUCAUCUAUGUUUGGCCCCUCAAUAUCACCUGGUUUGACAAAUUUCUUGCUGUGUUUUAUUCUGUUGUUACCCCUCUCCUGAAUCCAGCCAUUUAUACACUGAGAAAUAAAGAUAUAAAGCAUUCUCUAAAGAGAUUAAAAAGCUCUCUUAUGAAUCACAAGGUAAAUACGUAAUGUCCAGGAAAUCCACCAUAAAUAUUUUAAGAUAAGAUUUCAAUGAAAUGAGGAGAGGUUAAAAAUUGGGGUAUUUAACUUUCAUGUACAAUUAUUUCAAAUAUUUUGCUUUAUUAUAAUUCUAGAAAUUGAAAGUUUUAUUUAUAUAGACAACUAAACUACUUCUGAAUAUUUUUCAAAAGCUGAUCCUUCUAUCUGAGAAAAUUAUUGAAUGGUUCUUAAAUGUCUUAAGUAAUAUGGAAUAAA